AUGAUCCGAAGGAAUAGCAGGUCAGACGCUGCACCGCCUUACCAGAGGCCAAGAGCGAGCAGUGUGCCUCAGGGUGCUGCCUUUAGUCCGGUGUCGAACUUGUCGGCUCUGGAACGGGGUUUGCCAGAGUUUGGCGGAGUUUCGCCAGUGAGUGCACCACCACCGCCCACCGUGGAGACGUUUCUUUACCAGACGGUGCAGCAGCAGCAGCAGCAAGACGGCAAGCAAGGUUCUGGGAGCGACAAGGACAAGGAGAAGGAGAAAGCAGUUGCGGCUGCCUCUUUGGAGCCUCAGAUUUUCGCAGCUGCGGUUGAUCUGAGUUGUCCGGUUGUUGAGCUUGAUGAGGAGGAUUGCUCGGAUUUUUCCCAGGAGGAUUGGGAGGAGUUCGUUGCAUCUUAUGAGUGUGCUUGGUCGGAGCCUGUUGUGCUUGAAGGCGGUGAGCCGGUUGCGCUUGAGGGUUCCAUGUUGCAUGUUGCGCUUGAAAAUUUUCCUUGUGACAGCCCAAACAGAGCCACAGUUGAGCUUGCAGAGUCCCGCGGUGUCCCAAACAGAACCACAGUCGAGCUUGCAGAGUCCCACCAGGUCCCAGACAGAACCACAGUCGAGCUUGCAGAGUCCCCAGAGUUGAGCUUGGAAGCAGGUCGUUUUGUUGCAGGUUUUCAAAAUGGCGUUGAGCAUGGCAUGUUGCAUGUGGUAGGUAGACCUGACCAUGGCAUGGUAGCGCACGAGACAGCAGCAGCCAGCCAGCAGCAUGACACCAUGGACUGGUGGCUCGUCGACUCCGGCGCGUCAGCCCACAUCAUCAACGAGGACACUUUGAGCCGGGUGCACGUUGUGAGCCACAGUGAGUCUGCCAGUGAGUGUGUUUCUGCAACGGGUGACAGCAUUGGAGUUCGGAGGUCUGCGGUUGUCAGGGUUCCUUUCAUUUUGGUUUCAGGCGAGACGGUGGUAACAGAACUCCAAGUGCUUGUUGCUCCUGUGAAGUUUAACCUGCUGCCGCUGGGUACGUUCUUCGCACGAGAUGGGAUGGGGAGGAGCAACCGGGCACCCGAGGAGUCUUCUUCCGACUCGGAGCAGGAGUGGCGCCUUUCGGGUCGCCGUCACCUGGCGGAGCAGCACGCGGCGACUGUUACGAGGACGCACGAGGAUUUCGAGGGAUCCACGGUCGCCUUUACGACAACCUCCAUAUUGGGUCUCACACCGGGCCAGAACCUGCUGUUGGUGCCAGCCGCGGAAGUGAAGAAGAAGACGGCAGAGCAGGCAAAGGCAGCUGCGAAAGCAGCGGCGGAGAAAUUCGUGAAGGAGCGCCAGGAGAGCGCCCAGUGGGCCAAAGAAGCAGAGGAAGCAAAGAAGAAGAGAGCAGCCAAAGCCGCAGAGGCCAAGAAGAAGGCAGCCGACGCGGAGAAGUUGAUCAACGAGGCCACGGAGGCAAAGAAGAGAGCAGCCGAGGCAGUGGAGUUGGUCAGCGAUUCCCCGGAGGGGAAGAAGAAAGCAGCCGAGGCAGAGAAGUUGGUCGACGAGGCCACGGAGGCAAAGAAGAAAGCAGCCGAGGCGGAGAAGUUGGCCAGCAGAGCCGCGGAGGCAAAGAAGAAGGCAGCCACAGAGGCCGCGGAGGCAGAGAAGAAGGCAGCCACAGAGGCCAAGAAGAGGGUCGCCGAAGCGGCCGAGGUCACAGAGGCCAAGAAGCCCAAGGGCAGUGUGGCCAGAGCAAGGGCGGAGCCGUCUUCGGGGUCGAAGGACCCACCGCAGCCAGUGGUGAAAAGGCAGCCCAAGCCGCCCAUGGUGAAGGCAAUGCCAGCCAAGGUCCGAAAGAUCGUCUUGAAGAGCCGGGCCCAGCGCGGGAUCCCCGGGCAGACCGAGACUGCGCUGAGAAUGCUUUCGCAGCGAGCCAAGGAGAAGAAGAAGCAGGGCUACCUCAUGAAGGCCAUCAACAACGCCAUGAAGAAAAAGGCCGAGGAGCAGAAGGGCGCGCCGGUCAGAAGAACCUGGGAGAAGCAUGUCAAGGACCACUAUGCUCAGAUCAGGGGGCUGGAGAUCCCGUUGGUGGAGGUGACGAUUUCCGAAAUCAUCAAGGAGCCUCGUGGACCACCGGGAUCGCCAACGGUGCCGCAGCCGAAGACCCCUCCAGCGCGAGCAGCAAGGGCCCCGGAGGUCAAGGUGGAGGGUGCGCGUGCAGCAAAGGUGCCGGAGGUCAUCAAGGUGGAGGGCAUGGAGAUCAAUCCACCACCACCGGUACCACCGAGGAGGAGGCUUCCCACGCCGCCGACGGACCCGAGGAGAGCCGAGGAGCUGCACAUCGGGGACGACGGCAAGAUCUACAACUCGCGGGGCGAGGUGGUGGAGCUCGAGAGCAUCGAGAUAGACGCCCACCAUCCAGGAAUAUCCGAUGGUCCUUCUUCCUUGGGACUCUCGCUUCUGAUGCAAGAAAAGGUUGCUUUUGCAUGUGAGCAUGAUGUUGCAGUUGAGCUUGGUGAGCAUGCAUGUGUUGGUGGUUUGGGUGAGCAUGAUUUGCAGCAUGGUGAGUUGCUUGAGCAUGUUGGCCAGGACCGACCACAGCGUGACCGGAGCGAGGCCCAUGAUAGCCAGAGUGAAGCAUGGUUGCUUAGAGGGGAUCGGGAACUGUUGUUGCAGGAGAGCUGGGGUAAGCUAGAGCGAGAACAUGUUCUUAGAUCGCAUGUGCCGUACAAUGCGUCUUGCCCGCAAUGCGUGCAAGGUCGUGGGCUUGAACCCGCCAGAAGCCAGGAUCGGCCCCAGGACUCAGGGAUGAGAGAGGUGCAAAUAGAUAAGUUUUUCUAUAAGGGCCUCGCGUUCCUGGUGUUGGUUUUGGUUGGUGCCUUUGCCCUCGGUGUGGUUCCGUACCGUGAGGUGAGCGGAUCCCGAGGCCCAGCAGCCAAGGAAGCCAUGUUGAAUGACAUGUCGGCAUGGAGUCGUAGCGUUGGCUUGGUUGGUGUUGCUCCCAGUGAGUUGACGGUGAGUGUGAAGUCGGACAUUGAGGGUGUUGUGAAGAACCUUGCGCAGAGUUUUGCUGAUGGUUUGACCGCCGGUGCCAUCGAAGUUGUGGAUGCCCCUGUUGGUCGGCAUGCUGUUGUUGCAGAGCGUGCUGUGAGGACCAUCAAGGAAUGUGCAAACACACUGUGUGCUGGGUUGGAACAGGUCGGCUUGGAGCCCUGCAGGAAGGGUGUCACGUAUCUUUUGAUGCACGUUGCCCAGGUCUACAACCGGUAUCAGGUGCAUCCUGGAUCGGCGCUGUCCCCAGAACAGCGGUGUUUGAAGACCACCCGUGGACCGCAUGCCGCAUAUGUUUGGGGUGCUGCUGUGCUUGCCACUCCUCCUCCCUCUUUGCGUGACAAGAUCACCGGCCGUUACGGCCACGCCGCCUACCUUGGACCAGAGGUCGGAAGUGGAAGCCACAUUGUGCAGUUUAGACUGCGGGAUGGCACCUUGAAGAUUGCGAGAAGCGCAAGAAUCCGGAUGCUGGUUCCUCUCACUUUUGAGGUGUCGAGCUUGAAAGGUGUUUGUCGCAUGUUGCCUGGAAGAAGGGAUGAUGCCCAGAAGAAGCUCCCCGAGAGCAGUGGUGACAAUGUGCGCGAUCUCCCGUUGCCGAACACCGCAACCCGAGGACCACCACCAGAGUGGAUUGAAGAAAACGGAAGAACCCCAAGAUGCCGAGCUUGCCGGCUGCGCGGCUUCCCCGCGGAUAAGGCCUGGCACACCCAGAAGUGCCGUGAUCGAUACGCCGAGUUUGUGCGGAACUCUUUCGAUCCCAGCCGGGCAAUCCUCGAUCAAGCCCCAAUUGAAGAAGAAGUGACUGGGCGUGAUGAUUUGGGUGCUGGGUUUGAUGUUGAUCUUGGGCUUGAUGUGCCGGAUGAUCUUGAUCCGUUCCCGAAUUUUCCAUUGGACGAGGAUUUGGCCGAGUAUGAGCCCAGCCUGCCUGGAGUUGAGAAUAGGAUUGAGGUUGGAGAAGAACUCGAGCAGAUCGAGGCCCCGAGCCCGGGCGAGCUUGAUUUCAUGCAAGUGGAGCCUGAACCUCUUGAGGCACUCCCUGAAGAAGAGCGGGAGGCUAUGGUGUCCAGCGUGAUGUAUCGAGAGUCCAUCUCCUUUGCUGGUGCGUCGGUUUGCUUUGCCGGGGCCGCCACCAAGGCUGUCUGUGUUGUGAACGACAGCAUUUACGCCCGGACUUUAGCUGACAACUUGUGGGCACCUCUUUCAGUGAGCAAGUUCUUUCUCGACGCAUUGCAGACAGACAUUGCCUCGCGGAGAGCGCUGGACUGCAGUCUUGCCUGCCACGACCUCCUGGAUGUGCUACAGACCUUCUCGUUGACGGCAGUCAACACUUACGGCGAGGAGUGGCCUGUUGCACAGACCCGACAAGGCAUGAAUCACAUACCACUCCAGGGUAGCAUGCAGCUUCGCUGGUGCCCGUGGAGUGCCGCACGCGCAUCACAGGCAUCACACCUGCGGCCCAGACGGAUCUGGGAUGAUGUGCAGGCCAACCCGGCCCUCUUGGAAGAGUUUCGCCUAGAACUGUCGAGGCUGCUACCUGCAAGCCCCAGCAUUGCAGAUAUGGACCGAUGCUUGAAGAAGGCCUGGACAAACUGUGCCCCCAACACGGCACCGAUGCCACGAUCACAGCAGCCACCCGAUCAGGUCCCAAGCCUUUGGAGGCUACGGGCCGAGAGGACGCAGCUUUCAAGACGUGCCAGUGCAUUGCAUCCUCUGCCACCGGCUCGGCUGAUAUGGCAAUUAUGGAGCACUACUGCAAAGAUACUUCGUAUGGAACGAGAGGUCGCACAACAAAAGCGAGCAAAGCGUCGCAGUUUCCUUUUGGAACAGACGGACAUUGCUGAGAAGGCCGCGCAGCAGGGUUACAGAUACGUGACUCGGCAGGUCAUCUCCAGGGUCCCGCAGCCGAAUGCCGGUGCCCUUUGGAAGUACGGAGCCGCGAUUCUGGGCGCUCCUCUGAGUGACUGCCUGAACCAAGCCUUCGCAUUGCUUCCGCGAACGCUGCCUUUGGAGAUCCGCCAGGUUGCGUUGUUCUUGAUGCCCAAACCGGGCAAGAAGGCCCAACAACCGGGUGAUGUUAGGCCUAUCAGCUUGCUACACCCGGCCAACAAGGUCGCUCCACUACGGAGGCUUUGCAUCGAGUUGCUUCGCAUUUUCACGCAUGCCGUGCUAGAGCACCGGCUCGGGCCACCAUGGUCCAAAGACGUCGAGAUGGAGUGGGUGAUUCUGGCUGGACUUCGGGAGGCUCAGGCCCAAUGUGGCACUGCCCGAGGGAUAAGGCAGGGAUGCCCACUCAGCCCAGCGCUCUGGGCUAUCGCAUCUACAUACGUUUUCCGCAGGAUCCGUGAAAGCCUUGGUCCCAACGCCACCGACAUCAUCACGAUCUUCGCCGACGACGUGAUUGCUCAAUGGGACAUUGCCAACGGUGCUGAUCUAAAGGACUGCCUCCAGCAGCUCGCUCGACUUGUUCACAUCUUGCGUGCACAUGGUUUGCAAGUUAGUGCGCAAAAGAGUGUCAUUCUUUAUCAGCUUCACGGCCCGCUAGCUCAACGGAUCCUCGGACCCAUCCGCUUCAAGGACAAGGGGGUUGCACACCUUCGUGUGGAUACUGAGCUUGCCUUCCCUGUCGUGCGGCAGCACAAAUACCUUGGCAUCAUGCUCAGUUACUCUGCAUUUGAGCGUCAUUCCGUCGACUAUCGUUGUCGUCGAGCCGGCACUGUGUUUUCCAGGUUGCGCCCGGUACUCAGAGCUCGACACCUUCUCAGCCAGAAGACUCGCAUCAGGCUCUGGUUUGCAAUUGUGUGGCCAUCGCUCAAAUACGGCAUCACCUCAUUGCAGCUUGAACCGACGGAGGUCCAGAAAAUUGUCGGAGUUGCCGCGCGACACCUUCGCAUCCUUACACAUCAGCUAGGCCAUGAAACACACAUCCCCAAUCAACAGCUUUUUGCACAACUGCAAUUUGACCCGAUACAGCGACUGCUGAAAGAGGCCCAUGGCAAUCAGGAGCGAUUUCAAGCUCUCCCGGGAGAGCUGUACCGCACAGAGCCGAACCUUGCUCCAGAGCUCACUUCUUGCAACGAGGCUCGGGCGCUCGGCUCCGAAACGGGAACGCUUUCUGUCACCCUUCUGCUGACGCAGUUCCGUCUCAGCCUCUUCAUCACAGGUGACGUUGGUACCACCGGUACCACCGCUGUGGCCCACCUCACAGCUGUGCAAAAACGUGGCUGGAAGGCUUUUGCUGCUGUGCCUGCCUUGCACAUCCGGACUACAACUGUGCUCCUAGUAGACACGCUGUUGGCUGCCCAGUUCUUUGGCAAUCAAUCUUUGCAAGCCUUGACCCGCUGCAUACAGGACCAGAUGACUCUCCCACCGACGGCAGAGCAACAAGACGAGAUGGAGUGGGACAUGUAUCAUCAGUUCAUGAAAGCUUCGCCGGAGGCCAAGAAGGCACUGCUGGAGAAUCGGCCGUCGGCCGUCCAGGAACAGCCUGCCAAGCACCGAAAAGGCGACAAGGGGAACAAAGGAAAGGGAAAGGGAGGAAACAAGGGCAAACCACAGUCUCAGCAGGUGGACCAAGCGGAGCUGAGUGCACUUCGUCUGAUCUGCAACAUGCUGAUCCGCCUAGCGAUCAGACACGAAGAUAUGUUGAAGACGCUGCAGCUGGACACAUCCUUCGUCAUCUGGCUUCGCACCGGCCUCCCCAUGGGGAUCCCGGAAGGACUCUUCCAGGUUGCGGAGAAGUGGCGAGCGGACAAAGCGGUGAAGCAGCAUACGACUUCCCUGCGCCAGGUUCUUUGGAUGUGUGUAUGGAAAGAGUUUCAACAGCGCCUCCAGCCUGCUCGCCUCACCGCCGAGAUCCAAAGCACCAUGACCAAGCUGGGCUAUCUCAAAGACGGCCGGUGGAUGUUCUUGAAAUGGGCACCCGAGGAGAAUCGGCUCAUCCCAGACACGACUCGCGAGGGCCUCACCCUAACCGAUGCACUAGAGUUAAUCAACAGCAUCGUGAGGCUUUCGGAAGAUGUGACCAUCUUGACGAAGUUUGCACCGACCAGACCCCUCGCAGCGGAACUCAGAGGACCAUCGCUGACGUUCUUGGCGUCCGUCGCCAACCGAACGAACCCAUCGGACCAAUUGUUCGCCAGCCUCACCUCGCUGUGCGGGAACGGCUGUUGUCAGGUUGUGGGGAUGUCGAUCAAACCGGAGAAACUCACCAGAUCGUCUCUUGCACAGCAGCUACUGAAGCAUCUGCCGGCAACGAGCUCCACAGAGAACGAGUGA